UUGUAGGACCCUUAACCCAUUUGACAUUUUCCUUAGUGAUUGAUAAUUGAAGAUAGUGAUGCAAUCUUCUCAUUUACUCACCUUUACCAACUCACUUAAUAAGGAAGUUUAUACGCACAAGUGAAUAUUUUAAAAAUCAAGUCAAUAGAUACACAAUUAUCCAUGUUUGCACAAGAUCACAUGUUUAUUUUAUUGUAACUUGUGACAUUUUUACGUUGGAUAGCAAUGGCUUUCAGUACAGGGUAUCAAUCUGUUCAGAAACACAACAUUAGGAAUAUUUACAGCACAAACAUUUCAUUAGAGAACAGGACAAUGAAACGGAAAGUAGAAAAUCAUCGAAAAUGUGGCAGAAAGCCUGUUUUUGUGGAUGUUAAAACUAGUUUAAUCACCUACGAAUAUGUUCCGGAAUACAAGGCAUACAUCCCAAAAGCACCCGCAUUCAGAACUGUGUCGGGAAGUGAAGCGACAGAAAUAUCUAAACGAUUAUACACACCUCGGAUGCGAACUCCUAAAUUGGAAACUGAAUCGGAGAUAAAAUCUCUACACCCAGAGCCGUCGUCAUAUGAAUCUCAAAAUUGUAGCGUUGACAGAUUAAGUCAGCCAACAGUAGCAAGUAAAAUCAGGCUACGAAUGAGGAGUGCUAAUCAACGAAAAUUGAAGGUAACAGAAAUUACAAAUGCUUGUGACAGACUUAAUUUACCACCAUCUCAAAGGUAUUUUCCAAUGGCGUAUAAGAAUUGGUUGAAUGUAAAUGGUUCGAAAAGUAUGAGAUCUAGCUUUCUAUCAACAAAUACCAACAAAAGUAGUUUAGACUCGUUAGAUUAUGAUAUAUGAUAGUUAGGCCUUACUUGAUGUAUCUGUCUAUUAUGUGUUAUAAAUUACAUUUCUCAAUCGCUUAGCAGAUCUGACAUCGUUUUAGAUUGCAUUUAAUCAACUGUGUUCUUAGGUAAUAUUACAAAUAUAUUAAAAGAAGAUAUAAAACAGAAUGUGUUGACACUGGAAACGUAUAUUAAUAUCUUGCAUGGAAUAGUGAAUGUGAAAUGUGAACUUUUAAAGUUUGUCAGUAGUUGACUUUUAAAACAGAUACUAGUAUUAACUUGUUUUUAAACCACAGACUUUGUAUAGAUAAUUUGGUAAGCAUUUAGUAAAAUGAAACUGAUUGAAUAUAGUUAAAAAGAUAAUUAAUAUAUCUCAACUAUAUACGGUCGUUUAAAGAAUGCACUUAAAAUAACCAGCCGAAAAUUAAAAAUCCCAGCCUGGUGUGUUCCACCGUCAUAUGUCUAAACUUACAGAGGUAUAAAGGCAGUUUGGGAUUCUGACCAACAUAUGACAGAAUAUUUCAUAUAUGCAAAAAAUCUUGUAUCGUUAAUUUAAAAAGAUAUAAGUAUAGGUCACCGCACCAAAAAAGACAAGAAAUUAAGGUAGUAUCUUAUAUCUUAUAUCAUUUUGUAAUUUUUGCCGGGUGACAAUGAUGUUGGUGUUUGCUUACUGUACUCUACCAAGAACUGAAGAAGAAAAAUGAAUUGAAAAAUGUAUGCAAUGAAUUAUCAAAUUGAAGAAGAAAUAUUAUGAGUAUUGAAUAUAUAGCCGUAUAUGCAGCAAUGCAUUAGACAUAUUAAAUGAAGAAUUGAAUUUUGUUCGAAACGAUAGCGUUCGACGAUUAGUACAUGUAUUGCUUUGCAAAUGAAAGAUACCAAGGGGCAUUCAAAAGAAGCAAACAGACAGCAGCUCACAAAACACUACACACAAAACCAAAGAUGGAAAGUACUGGGUUUUAUAUAAAAGAUCAGUCCUAUAUUCAUGUUCAAUUUUUAUAUGCAUACACCUGCAUGCAUGUGUGAAAAUGUCACUUGAGUUUGCACUUUGUAUUACUU